AUGACCAAGAACGCUGAGAACAUCCCGCCGAAGUUUAGCAACCGGGCAACGACUAGGUAUAUCCUCGGCUUGCAGGACACUCCGUACGAGAAGCCAAAACCAAAGACUCCUGAGAAAUCUCCUAGGCGUCCAGUCCGUCCGUCUCCGUACAAGGAACUCGUCAGUGCUACCAUUGUCUCCGAUCCUUACCGUACUACUGAACUUCUCCAACAGCCUGGCGCUGUGCUCGAAUGGCUCGCGUCCGACGGCCGCAAGAAUGCCUACACUAAGCCAGCCACCCCUCUAACGGUCAAAAAUCUCGCCAAAGUCCCGUCUGUCGCUCUCUCCAAGAAGACUCCCUCCACGGUCGCCCAAGCUGCCGCCGCUGGAAUUACUCCCGCUGUACAUGCCGCCCCAGCCACCCAGGUAGCUGCUACAUCUCCCCCAGCCGUAGCCGCCGGAACCAUGGCCGUAGCUGAGCCGGCCGUCGAUGAACCCUGGGGUAUCGUUGCAAAUGAACACGGUCCAUCCGCUCCUCCUGCCGACGGUGAAGUCGCCGCUUCCGUUACCAAUGCUAAAGCUAGCCCUAAUGUCAAUGGCGAUGCUAAAGACAACGGGGAUGCCAAUCCCAAUCCCAAUCCCAAUUGCAACGAAAAUGGUAACGAAUCUGACGACGCCUUCACCGCCGAGCAAGACGCCGAGCUCAUGCGCUUGAAGAGCGAGAAUGCAACUUGGAACCAGAUUACUGAGGCGCUCGGAAAAGACCAGCAUGCGUGUCGCGAGCGCUUCAAGACUAUAAAGCCGGCAAAUUGGAAGCCAAAUGCCCGUGAAAAGGGCGGCCAAAAAGACAAGCGUCGUGGGAAGAAGGAAGAGGAGGCAAAUGAGCAGGCGGGAGGCGAGAAAGGAAAGGAGGCGAAGAAGGACGAAGACGUCUGGGGUGGCUUCGGUGUCGGGUUCGGAGGCGGUGAUGGCGAUGGCGAUGGUGUUAAAAGGGGUAGUGAAGCUGGUGUAGGUGGCGGUGGGAAUGGUGGUGAAGGCGGUGAUGGGAAUGGUGGUGAUGGGAAUGGUGGUGAAGGUGGUGGAGGAGGGGGAGGGGGAGGAAAUCAGCCUGGUGUGGAGUGCUUUAUAAUGUUGCACCCAGAUGAGGAUUUCUCAGAGCGGGAGUUGAGAUUGAUUGGGCAGAUCAUGGAUCAUGAUGCCCGCCGGCUUUGGCAGAGGGUCGCGGACCGGUUUUUUGACAAGACUGGUCGGCGCACCGACCCGGCUGUCAUAAUGGAGAAGAUCACUGGCGGCAGGGGUGUAAGGAAAAUUACUUGCUAA